ACCCCUACCUUCCCACCGCCUGUGUUGUUCAUAUAUAUAUAUUUCACUACAACCAUUUCUUUUCCUCCAUCAUCAAAUUCAUAAUCAUAGUGUGUUUUAGUUUUACUUUCUUCUUCUUCUUCUUCCUCUUCCUGUAAUUUUGAACUGAAUUGAAUUCACAACAUGGCUUCCACUACUACUACUAACAUCAGUGACAUACACGCAGACAUAAUCGAAGCCCAUAUUCUGACGGGCCUCGACGGGCCUGGGCUUGCCUCGGUGGCCAGCACGUGCACCCACCUUAAAGCCCUCUCAGUUCAAGCCCACCUCUGGGCCAAUAUUUGCCGCACCACGUGGCCCACCACCAACAAUCCACGCGUCCGCCACUUCAUUUCCACGCUUCCCAACGCCUCUCGCUCUUUCUUCGCCGAUUCUUUCCCCGCCGCAACCGCAACCGCAACAACCGAAUCCAAAACCGUCAAUCUCGAUCGCACGCCGGAGCUGAUCUCCGCCGUGGACAUCUUCCACGGCGACCGGCUCGUCUUGUCGCGGGUGGUGGAGACCGAGACGGAGAGCGGCUGGUUCCGGUGCUCGCCGUUUCGCGUUGACUUGCUGGACCCGAAGGAUACGGUGGAGACGGGGGUGGAGUACCCGAGGAGCGAGGAGGCGUGUGGUGAUCUGAAGGAGGAGCUGAGGCUGAGCUGGAUUGUGAUUGACCCGAACGGGGGACGCGCGGUGAACGUGUCGAGCGGGGAGGCGGUGACGGUGCGGCGGCACUGGCUGAGCGGGGAGGUGCAGGCGAGGUUCGCGACGGUGGUGGGAGGAGGGGAGAUUGGGUCGGCGAAGGAGGCGGCGUUGUGCAGUGUGACAGUGACGUUUGGCUGGGAAAUGCAGGUGAAGGAGGUGAGUUUUCAGAUGGAGGACAUGGAUGGGAUGCAAUUGAGUGGGAGGGAUAGUUUGGGGAUUUUGCAGAGGUUGUUGGAGGGUAAAAGGGGGAAAUUGAGAGAAGAAGGAAGGAGAAAUGGGUACAUGGAAUUCAUGAAGAGGAAGGAGGAGAGGAAAGAGAGGAAAGUGAGGGCUGAAAGAAGGUUGGAUAUUCUUUGCGUGGGUGUUGCUGCCUUCUCCUUUGUGGCGGUUUCCACUUUCUUUCUCUUCUGAUUAGAAUUUACAUUUAUUUUCCAGUUCUAAACACAAAACAAAGGAGUCAUGAAAGAGUUUUAGAAAAUAAUAUAUAUAUAUACUCUAGAUAGAAAAAGGAAGCAGAAUGCGAUAAAAAAAAAUGUAAAUAGAGAAACUGUUAUGACUAGUAAAAGUGGUUUUUUUUUCUUCCCAAAAUCUUUUAGCUGUAACAAGUAAAUAGAUUGGUAUUACUGUUCUGUUUUAUCAAUGCUAGUAGUUACUAUUAUUGUUA